AUGGUGACGAAUCCAAAAUCUUUAGAAAAUGUGUCAUUACGUAUUCCCAAAGAUUAUGUAGGUCAAUUAGACGUGACAACAACUUACAAAAAUAUUUUGACACAAGAUGCAUUAAGAUUUAUUGUAUUACUUCAUCGAAAAUUUAAUAAUCGAAGGUUACAAUUGUUGGAAAAUCGUACUAUUUUACAACGUAAAAUUAAUGAUAAAAGUUAUCAAUUUGAUUUUUUACCAGAGACUGCCGCAAUUAGAAAUAAUCCAAUUUGGUCUGGUCCUACAAUUCUUGCCCCAGGAUUAAUUCAAAGACAUACAGAAAUUACAGGCCCACCUGUUAGAAAUAUGGUUAUUAAUGCAUUAAAUUCCGAUGUAGAUACAUAUAUGACUGAUUUUGAGGAUUCAUUAUCACCAACAUGGUCUAAUUUAAUUGAUGGUCAAAUUAAUCUUUAUGAUACCAUUAGAGAAAAAGUAGAUUUUACUAAUGAAUCAGGUAAAAAUUAUUCAAUGACUAAAACAUUUAUUGAAUCGCCAACUCUUAUUAUGAGACCAAGAGGUUGGCAUAUGGAAGAAAAACAUUUAUAUGUUGAUGGUGAACCAAUUAGUGCAUCAAUAUUUGAUUUUGGUCUUUAUUUUUUCCAUAAUUGUAAUGAAUUAAUUAAAAGAGGUAAAGGACCAUAUUUUUAUUUACCAAAGAUGGAACAUCAUCUUGAAGCGAAAUUAUGGAAUGAUAUUUUUAAUGUAUCUCAAGAUUGCUUAGAGAUUCCAAGAGGUACCAUUCGUGCAACUGUAUUAAUCGAAACAUUUCCAGCUGUAUUUCAAAUGGAAGAAAUAAUUUUUCAAUUAAGACAACAUUCGAGUGGAUUAAAUUGUGGUAGAUGGGAUUAUCUUUUUUCAACAAUUAAAAGAUUAAUGUCCUAUAAAGAAUAUAUUUUACCAAGUCGUGAACAAAUUACUAUGGAGACGCCAUUCAUGGAUACUUAUGUAUCAUUAUUAAUCAAUACAUGCCAUAGACGUGGAGUACAUGCGAUGGGUGGUAUGGCUGCACAAAUUCCAAUUAAAGAUGAUUCUGUUAAGAAUAAUAAUGUUAUGAUGAAAGUCAUUCGUGAUAAGACUCGAGAAUUAAAUAAAGGUCAUGAUGGUUCAUGGAUUGCACAUCCUUCUCUUGCCAAAAUAUGUAAUCAAGUAUUCCAUUCAAUGGGGACAAAAAAUCAAUUAUACAAGAUCCCAACAAAUUUUUCAAUUAAUGAAAAUAUUAAAUUGUUAUUAUUACCAAACAAUGAAUUAGGCAAUAUUAAGAUUACUGAAGAAAACAUCGAAUAUUCAAUUAAAGUAACAUUAUUAUACAUGGGAUCAUGGUUACAAGGUAAUGGAUGUGUUCCAAUUGAUAAUUUAAUGGAAGAUGCCGCUACUGCAGAAGUAUCUAGAUGUCAAUUAUACCAAUGGGUUAAACAUAAAAUUCAAACGACUAAUAAUAAAAUUAUUACAAUUUCAUUCGUCUCUAAAUUGAUUAAAGAUGAAGCCGAUCGGUUAUAUAAACAAUACAAUAAUAAUACGGUGUUUUAUACAGUGGCUAAAUUAUUAUUAAAGGAUCUUUCAUCUGAACAAACCCACGAAUUUUUAACGGUAUUAUUAUAUGAUGAGCUAAUAAUCACAGAAAAUCCAACAAUAGAGUCUCACGAACAAGAAUUUCCAAGUAAACUAUAA